AUGAAGUUUGAGGUGUUCCUGAGUUUCAGGGGACCGGAUACUCGGAACACCUUUACUAGUUGCCUCUACAGUGACAUGGUGGAGAAAGGAAUCCGUGUCUUCAAAGAUGAUGAGGAGGUCCGAGUCGGUCAGAAAAUUAGUGGACAACUUUUGCGGGCCCUUGACGACACCCAGAUCUAUAUCCCCAUCUUCUCUAAGGGCUUUGCUUCCAGUCCGUGGUGUCUUCAUGAGGUCGCACAUAUGGUAGAUUGCACUUCCAAAUCAGAUGGGAAGAAGGAGAUCCUCCCCGUUUUUUUCGAUGUAGAGCCGGAUGAUGUCAAGCUUAAAACAAAUUUGUACAGAGAUGGCCUCUCUAAACAUGAGAAGAAGUAUGGCUCCCUUGAAGUCAAGCGCUGGGGAGAUGCUCUGGUUGAGGUUCCAAUUAGAGCAGGUUGGAAGCUGGAACGAAAAGGGUAUGGGGAACUUACAAAAUUGAUUAUUCGAGAGCUUCUACUUAAGCUGAAGGGGAAGAACAUAUCUCUUCCUGACCAUCUAGUUGAAACGGAUGAUUUAAAACGUGUAGAAAAAUUGUUGGACGUUGACUCUAGUGACCAUGUACGAUUCCUUAUAAUCCAUGGAGUAGGUGGUAUUGGUAAAUCAAUUCUUGCUAGUGUUAUCUUCAACCGACUCCGGUCUAAAUUCGAUUGUAGUAGUUUCCUCGAUGAUGUCGCAUGUCAAGGAAUUUUAGACGUGCAAAAGAAAUUUUUAUCUGAUACACUAGGCUCAACCUCUAUUGAUGGAAUCCAUGACCCCAACGAUGGGAUUGAUCGUAUAAGAAGAGGUCUUAGCAACAAGAAAGUUCUAGUUGUUGUUGAUAAUGUGGACAAGAAGAGACAACUCGAUAAACUUGCAGGGAGAUGCGAUUGGUUUGGUUCCGGAAGUAGGAUCAUUAUCACAGUCAGGGACAAAAACACAAUGCUAGAUAAGGACUACCAUAUACUACCCAACAAUUACUUGGCCUACCCAAUGUUGGAGAUGCCUAUAGAUCGAGCAAUUCAACUUUUCAGUAGGCAUGCCUUUAGAAGUGAUACUCCUCCAGAAGGUUGCUACAAUUUCUCGAAAGAAGUCGUUUCAAGCAUAGGAAGGCUUCCUUUGACUCUGGAAGUUGUGGGUUCUCGUUUUGCCAAUACAGUUAGAUCAGAGUGGGACGAAACAUUGGAGGACUUAAAGCAAGUGCCACAUAGGUGCGUAAGAAAUACACUGAUGAUGAGUAUCAAGAAAUUGGAUGACAUAGAAAAAGCCAUGUUCCUGGACAUAGCAUGCUUUUGCAUAGGGGAGGAUAAGACUUAUGCGGAUUACAUGUGGCGUAGUAGUGGAUAUUCUCCACGCAGCACAAUUGAUGUUCUUCUCCUCAUGUCAUUGAUAAAAAUAGAUGAGUUCAAUAGGUUCUGGAUGCAUGAUGAAGUUCGAGAUCUAGGAAGGUACAUUGUCAAGGAAGAGAAUUUUGAAGAUGCUGGAGAGCGUCGUUGGGUGCGGAUUGAUGAGAAUACUCUAGACAUACAAAGCAGCAACAAGGAAAAACGAGCUGUACGAGCACUCAGCUUGGGUAUUAGUUAUGAGUUAACAGCUAAAGAAUUAGCCUAUUUGCCAAUGCUAAGGUUCCUUGGAGGGGAGAGAUUGAAUUUGGUAGGCGACUUCAAAAAUCUUCUUUGUAAUUUGAGGUGGUUUUCUUGGCGUCAUUGCCCGUUGGAUUUUUCAGCGACGAAUCUUCAACUGGUGAAUUUGGUCGUGCUCAACCUUUCGGGGAGCAUGAUCACUUACGACUGGGGUGGAUGGAGGCCAAUCAAGAUGGCAAAAAAGUUGAAAAUUCUAGAUUUGACGCAAUGCUCUGAGUUGACUAAGACACCUGAUUUUUCAGAGUUUGACAAGUUGGAGAAAUUAAUUCUCGUAAGGUGUGUGAAUUUAUCUACAAUUGACAGCUCGAUUGGUAAGCUAAAACUGCUUAAUACUUUGAAUAUCAAGGGAUGUGAAUCCCUCGAAGGGUUGCCCGAAGAAAUCGGUUCUCUAGAGUGCUUGUUGGAGAUUAUCAUGCCCCAUUUUGGCAAAUUGUCCAAGCUUCCUGAGACACUAGGCAAUCUAAAAUAUUUGACGAAAUUUGAAAUACCAUUUCAUCAUCAUAUCAUCCAACUUCCUCACUCUAUUGGAAAACUAGAAUCAUUGAUCCAGUUGGAUUUAAGAGCCUCGGGGAUCUUCGUUCUCCCUGAUUCAAUUGGAAGGUUAAAGAAUCUCAAGCAUUUACUUUUAUCUCAAUGCAAGGAUCUACAUGGACUUCCGGAUUCUAUUGGGGAAUUAGAAUCAUUAGUCGAGUUGGAUUUAAAAUUCUCGAGGAUCUGUGUUCUCCCUGAUUCCAUUGGAAGGUUGACCAAUCUCAAACAUUUGCUUUUAUCUGAAUGUAAGAAUCUACAAGAGCUUCCAGUCUCUAUUGGGGAAUUAGAAUCAUUGGUUGAGUUGGAUUUAAAACUCUCGGGGAUCUCCAUUCUCCUUGAUUCCAUUGGAAAUUUGAAGAGACUAAAAGUCUUAAAGAUGUCAUUCACAAAGAUACGCACGAUACCUUGUGCUCUUGGAGGGCUAGAGACGCUUGAAGAGCUCGAUGCCUCGUUUUGUCCAUGUCUCAAGGAUGAAAUCCCAUGGGAAAUGUGGUGCCUAACCCGUUUGAGGAUGUUGGACUUAGAUGGGAGCCCAAUCUCUAUGGUGCCUAGAAAGAUAAGGGGUUUCUCUAGUCUCCAUACACUUAGAAUUGCAAGUCAUCGGCUUUGCCCGUUGCCAGAGCUUCCCUCAAGUUUGAAAUGCCUAGUUGUUGAAGCUGCUCAAUUCCCUGCUCUUCCCUCGAGCAUAGUUGAUUCUCAUGAUCUCAAAGUUUAUAAAGAACAAUGUAUAACGUUAUCCUUGAAACCUUACCCUAUCCUACAAUUGCCAGAUUUUUCCAACUUCCAAAGCUUGUCGGUUAUCUCUAUCAGCGGCUGUUUAACACCACGUGUGCCGAAUCUCUCGCGCUUGAAGAGGCUACAAGAGUUACGGCUUCAUGAAUUCCCCAAACUGGAGGAGAUUCCAGGUUUAGGGGAAUUGGAAUCACUGAAGUUUCUACAAAUUAUUGACUGUAGCGUGAUUGAACAAUUGUCUGACCUAUCGAAGUUGAAAAAACUAAUGCAUCUUGAGUUAUUAUUUUGUAGAAAGUUGAGAGUUGUCGAAGGUUUGAAAGAAUUGAAUUCUCUGAAGAAUGUGAAGAUUAUAGAUUGCAUGUCCCUGGAAAGGUUGCCCGAUGUGCCGACAUUCACCAAGUUGGACACAGAUUGGAGGUUGCGUCGAAAAGCUACAAAACUCACCAUCCAGUCUACCGUAUUGGGGAAGCAAAUGCGACAUUGGAAAUUACGGAACUUGAAGUAG